UCUUCCGGGUGUAAUCUACCUGGCAGAGUGAAGGUGAGGUUGGGGGAAGUUACCGCGAAAUCAAUCCCUUCAGGUUUUGAGAACGAGUGUUGCUUUUAAACAUCAGUCGGUUGGAAGAGUGAACGGAAGGAUGCUUUUUGAGGUUGGACUGGCGCUGUUUACAGUGCUAACAGCCACAGAUGCAGUCAACGUUGUUGUCAACUCCAAAAACAUAGAAAUUGGUAGAGGUGAUGAGCUGGUUAUCAGUUGUCAAUACAGUCUAAAUAUUCCAGCAAGGAAUCUCCUUAACGUAGAAUGGUAUAAACUCCCAGAUGAUCCAGAAGAAGGACUGACUGAUGUAGUCCAAUUCUUUCAUGGUGGAUACUAUAAAGCUGGAAAGAUGUAUGAGGGCAGAGCAAAUUUCACAGGAAAUGUUGACAUGGAUGAUUGCUCAAUUAAGAUCACGAAUUCACUUAUGACAGACAGUGGAACCUAUGAGGUUGAAGUUAAAACUCCUUUGGACAUGGAAGGCGAACGGAAAGGCACAGUAGAAGUGACUGUACUGGUCCCUCCAUCACCACCAGUUUGUACAAUUAAAGGAAAAGCUGAAUAUGGACAAACUGUUAAACUGACUUGUCACUCUGCAGAAGGAUCUCCAAAACCAACCUAUUCUUGGCAGAGUUUCAAUGGAAUGAAUCAGCCAAGACAGUUACCCCAAAUGUCUUCUCAAGAACCAGAUGGAUUAUUGCUAAAAAAUCUUUCAGCUGAAACAUCUGGCUACUUCGUAUGCACCUCAAGAAAUAAGAUCAAAGCAGUCUCUUGUAAUAUAACCUUAGCGGUAAUGCCUCCUUCAAUGAACCUUGGCUUUUAUGGUGGAAUUAUCGGAGGUGCAAUUGCUGUCAUCGUAAUCCUUGGUAUCAUUAUUUACUGUUGCUGUUGCCGUGAUGAAAAGGCACCCAAAGAUUAUGAAAUGGGGGAUCAACACCACCAUAGAGAAUACGAAGAUGAAGAAGAAGAACUACCUGAACAGAAUUCCGCAAAGCAUGACCAUCAAGGAGCCUAUGAUGAAGUUCCUUACGAAAACGAAGGGGAGAACUCUCCCCGUCCUAUUGUCAGAGCUCCAUUGGCACCACCCAAUAAACCUAAAUAUGUCCCAGAGAAUCACGAUGUGUAAUAAGAGCAGUUUCCUAAAAGUAGCUUUAGUCUAAUGGGUAAAAUUGGGUCUUAAAAUUGCAAAAUAUAAUAGUGAGCUAUUGGAACAAUUUAAUGCAGUAACAGUAUGUAGAUAAGUAGAUAAGUUUUAUUUUAAAAUAGGAUAGCUGCCUUUUCUGGAGUUGUCAACUUUUUUUUUUUUUUUUUUUUAAAAAAGUAACUCUUUAGAUUUUGGUUAUGUCCUGAAAAGAAGUCCUAAGUAUCAUUUUCAUUUCAAGUCAGCAGUAGGAUUUGUUGGGGGUUGGUUAGUUCAGUUGGUUGGACAGCUGGUUCACAACGUAAAGUGACAGUGACAGCAACAGCAACGUUCAAUUUCCAUACUGCAUAAGUCAUUAUGAAGUCCUACAUUCUCAAUCUUACCCCCUCAUCUGAGGUCGUUCUUGGUAACGAGGGGAUCUUCUGGAACACUAGAUGGUGACUUUACCUUUUUUUUUAAAAAAGGUUUGUUACUUUUAAUUUUGGCCCUUUUUUAAAAAAGCCGGGAUAUAUAAUUGUUUAAAGUUAUGCUUUAAUGUGGGCUAUUAAAUACUUCAAUAUAAUCGACAUCUUGCAAGAAUGCCUCAUAAUCGAUGUUAAAAAUGAAGCUAAACUUCAUAGAUAAUAAUGAUAUAAUUACCUUGGAGUUUGCUUCUCUUUUCCCACACAUUUUAUGGGAAUGGGUAACCUCCUUGCUUCUGAGCUAGAUAUCCCAGGUCCAACUCCAGCUGGACCUAUGGCCAAGUAAAUUGCAUCCAUAAUGUGGCCAAACAGGUUGACUAUUAACAUGUAAAUCUUUCCAAUACAGAGUUUGGGGUGAUUUUGUCUCUGGUUGGGGUGGAGUCAAGGUCUGCCACUUUGCCUAGCCUGUAAUAAAGGUUGUGGCACUGUAGACUUGACCUGCCUUCAGGUAGUGAAUUAAAAAAAAAGCAAAAGAAACUUGCAACCUUCAGAGAAACAAAGUUUAUUAGACAAAAGUAGAGCAAAGUAAGCUUAGAGAGGUUUGAUAGAGGUUAAGAAACUUUUGAACAGAUUAAGUAAAGGGAAACCAAUUCCAGUGCUGAAGGAUUGAUAACCACCAGGAUUAGAUUGGAGGUAAUUGGCAUGAGAACCAUAUGUAGUGUCAGGAAUCACUGUACCAAACUGAUCUAGAAUGUAAUGCCUGAAAGGUUAGUAGAAACUAGGAGAGGGUUUUUUUUUUUGUUUUUUUUUUUAAAAUUAGAGUCAUGGAUUUUGACUAAUUGAAUUACUCCUGCAAAAGAGCUAUCAAAGAUUGAUGGGCUGCAUACCUUUCAUUUGUGGCACAAUCCAUGUACUCUUCCUCAAACAUUAAAUACUUAGUAGUAUCUCAAAAGUAACAAGUGCCUGUUUAACUUGCUUAAAACAUGCAUGAAUUAAAGCAUUUUUCAAUUUUUUUCUGUAAACAAAUAUAAUAAUGUGGAGGUGCUAGUGUUGGACUGUGGUGGACAAUGUCGGAAGUCACACGACACCAAGUUAUAGUCUAACAGGUUUAUUUGAAAUCACAAGUCUUUAAAGAGUGCUGGCCCUUCGUCAGGUGAAGUGAAAGCAAAUAAUGAUUGGUAUAGAGUCACAUGCAGAGGAUCCUAUUCCAGUCAUUUGGUUUGUCUCCAGCACCACUUUAUUUUUAAUUUUUUGUAAUUAUCUCUGCCUCAAUUAAUCAGAUUAUAGGUCAUCCCUUCACUUGCUACUCAGCUGUUGACACUUUACGAGCAUUGUUAUCACUCUUUAGCACUUGCGGACUUAUUAUUCAGCCCGUCAGCACUCCAAUCACACCAUUUGUAUGAUCUUUUGAUCUCUCUGAUCAUCAAUUCCAUCAGUGUGUUUUUACUUAAUCUGAUGAAGGAGCACUGCUGCGAAAGCUUAUGAUUUCAAAUAAACCUGUUGGACCAUAACCUAGUGUCAUGUGACUUCAAACUAUAACAUUUGAGAUAUCUUUUCAUGACUAUUGUAAACCAUCUCUUCAUCCUUAAAUGCAAAAGUUCAUCUGAAAUUCCAGGCUCAAUUCUUGAAAAUAUGUCAAAUCUUUGUUUUUCUAUUUCUGAGCUAAUCCUUUCUGCGAGGUAAAGAAAGGAAACAAUGCUGAUAAUGUUUCUCAUUUAUUAUGCUGUCACGUUCCAGAGACUACACUAUGCUCAAUUGGCAAAAUACACGGCCUGUAGCUUAAAGAGGAUAUGGUCUAGAAAAUGGAUCUGAAUGAAUCAGUAAAAUGGCUAAUCCAAGUUACUCGAUCCCCAUUCCUACAUUCUUCCAUUUUUUAAAAAAAAAUUUCAGUAUCUUUGAAAUAGUGUCAUUUCAAACAGGCAUACUUCUGAUGGGUGUCUGUGCUACAUGAUGAUUCUAUUUCAUAACUGAUAAUUAUAUGAAAGAUAUUUUUUGCUGGGUAACGGUGUACAUUUAGAAAAAGUCAUUUUGGAUUUUCAGCCUAACAUUAAAAAUUGAACUCCCAUUUAUGAUAGUUGGUGUCUGGAGAGGAUUCUGUUUAGCUUCCUUAUCUUUAUAUUCAUACAAUAAUAGACAUUUGUGAAUAAGUAAUAGUCACUAAGUUGACAAAUCAGUUUCCAACUGACCUCCUGUUUUUAUUUAGCUUUUUUGUUCGGAAAAGCAAGUCAUUUUAAUCCACUAGCCACAAGAAAUUAAUUUAAUUUCAUUAAACAUAAUUUGGUGUUCAUUCA